AUGGCAUCUGUACCGCCAGCGCCGGUUCAGAUUGCUCUGAAGGGUGCUUGGAAGUCGACCGCUUCCCUGCACACUGACGUCAGUCUGAUCAGAGUGUCGACAUUGGGUACUCGCCGCGAACGUCUUGGCCACUUGCUCUCUGAGCUCCAGUUUCUUUGUGGGCUCCUUCACUGCUUGUUCUGUCUGUCUGUCAACUUCCAGUCGCAAGGCGAAACGCCUGUUGAUAUUCCUUUCAACUCUCCUGUCUUGAACGGCAUUGCGGCCAUGGUCAAGGAUAUCAAGGAAAAUGUGGCUGAUGCGUCAGAUGAUAUUCUUUCCACCAUGAUGGCAAAUGUGAGAUUUUAUCGUGAUCUUACCUCCCGCAUUGCAACCUUCCGUACCUACAGCCUUUCAGCUCUACGUGAAAGUCUCUCCGGAAAUACUCUGCCAACGGAGCUUGCGAAGGCCCCAACUGUCAAGGACCUUGAGACUACCCUGAAAGAAUGGAUGAGAGUGCUGAACUCUGACCACUACAAUCGUACUAUGCUGGAAUGGGCUUCCGAAAGAGGUCUUGUUAAUGCUCGCCGAGAGUUUGACCCUGGCUACCAGCUGGCAGCUACGGGAUGGGUCAAGUUUACCAAGACAAACUUCAAGUCUCUGGCUAGCGGCAUAUCGCGUCUCUUCUCUGUUCCGAACUCCAACAACUUUAUUCAAUGGGCGGCUGAGUUCGCAAGAGCUACUUGGCCAGAGAUUUAUGACUUUGAUGCACAAAUGGCAUUACCAGCUGUUUCCCUGGUUCAGGACAUGUCCCAAGGACAUGUUAACUCUCUGCACUUUGCGGCAAUGUUGGGCCUUGAGGACAUUGUCAUCAAAAUCUUAGGCUCACCCGCGUCUGACAGUGCGGCUAAGGCUUCCGGGUUCCUUGGAACACCUCUCUACUGCGCUCUUGUAGGACCGGCGGUGCUGAAGUUUGGGUGCCGCCCAACAUCAUGGGGUUCGCUAAUUGUCGAGAUGGAGCCUGCCAGCGCAUCACUCAUCGGGUUCAUCAUUGCUAAAAGCGGCUUCCGCAACUUUCGGAUUAACAUCCCUCUUACAAACGGUGAUCAUCCGGUUCAGCUGGCCCAUGUUGCAUUCGUUGCUGCAACUAUGCUCGAGGACCCUGACAUUUUCGAACUUGCCACCAAACAAGGCAUCCCACUCGAAGGAGAUUUUACGCUCAUGCUACUGAGCUCGCACGUCUUCGACCAAAAGGCCAUGAAAAACCCCUGCGUCAUGUCGACGCUUAUGGCUGCAGCCUUUGAUCAGGCCAUGGAUGGCAAUGCAGACGACCUCCCCUGGGAGGGCAAUGUUAUCUGUGUUGCCAUAUGUGAUUUUAUGGCCAGGCACAAUCUCUAUUUCCACAACGAUGACAAGAUCAGGCUUCCCUUUAUCAGCACUGCUGACUUCAAUUCCGUUGUUCGACAAUGCGUCAUCGACGACCAGGCUCUCAUCAACGAUAAAGCAAUGUAUAUGGCGAGACUGGCACAAGACGAACGUUUUAACCCAGACUUGCCCGCAAGCAACGACGACAGCAUGAGCGAGGGCACCAUUGUCCACCUGGCGGUCGGCGGUGCGCAUCACGCUGUGCUCCACGAGCUCCGUCGUGUUGGUGCCAAUUUUACCCUUCGUGAUGCUCAGGGGCGAACUCCUCUCAUGCUCGCUGAAUUUCCCGCAACCCUUGGCCUUCUCGUCUUGGAAUAUGGCGUACCUACAGUCGCUUGGGAUAAUUCCCGGCAGAAUAUUUGGCACCUGGCUGCAGCUACCAACGAUGACAAUAUCCUCCAGUGGCUCUGUGAGAAUGACCCAGCGAAGGCUGCGAAUAUCAACGCUGUCAACGACGCUGGUCGCACUCCACUCGGGGAAGCUCUCAUGUGCAUAAAUAAUAUAUCUGUAGACCUUCCUAGCCGUUCCUCUCUGACAGCUGCGGCUGCCAGGCUCCUCCUCCGCGAGAGACUAGUCGACGUUGCACUGGGUAUCGCCAAUGUGCGACUGCGAGAAGUUGUCACUCAGUGGCCUGACCCGGUUCUCAUCGCUAAGCUCGAGGAAGCUGGGGUGACCUUCUAG